CGCACGUGACUCGUCGCGUGUCCCUUUAUAUACAUACGGUCACGUGUCCGCACUUAACAACAAUUAAAUUAUGGCAAGUGUUAAUUGAAAAGAAUCAGUGAUAAUGUUUAACAUGGAGCAUUUGGACUUGGAGGCCGUCAACAGGCAGUUCUUUUUCGAUACAACUCCUUAUAUAUCCGGAAACGGAAAUAGUAAUAGUUCUACCGGAUCUUCUAAUAGUAGUAGUGAUUUGUUUUUGUACGACGAGAAUAGUAGUGAUUCGGCGCUUUCUAGUUAUUCGUUCAGUAGUGAUCAAGAAAAUAACGCUGCUGCCUCAUCUGAAUUAAAAGAACGUAUACACCGUCAUCGUCGAAAAUCCAAAUGUCCCCACCAACAAAUCCAACAACGACAAGCAGCUAAUCUGAGAGAAAGGAAGAGAAUGCAGUCAAUCAACGAUGCUUUCGAAGGGUUAAGGGCCCACAUACCCACGUUGCCUUACGAGAAACGACUUUCGAAAGUGGACACUCUCAAAUUAGCUAUAGGAUAUAUCAAUUUCUUAAGUGAACUGGUCAGGACCGAUCGAAACGCUAAUUCGUCCGAGUAUUUUAACGGGCAUAGGAGAGGAGUGCAGAAGGAUGAACCUAAGAAGGUUAUUUUAAGAGGUGCAGGUUUAUAUACACAUUCCCUCUCUUGGUCCAGGGAUAAAGAACCGAACCCGAACGGAAUCAUGCAUGCCAAAGUAUGGAUGCCAGAGGAUCCCAGGAGCAACAAGGACACCACAUCCGGCUCCUCCUUCAUAACGGAUCCGUAA